AAGACUCCAUAGUCUCCCUUUAUAUUGGCCAACUCCAAACACUAUCAUCAUCUUGUCGGCCUCUUUAACCCCAUUUCUCUUCAUUCUUGAUCAGGAAUCUUCACCUCUACCAAGUUUCUUCAUCACCCAUAUCUCCAAUUCCGGGUCCUGAUCUAAUUUUUCUUUUCCCCCAUUUUUGUCAAACCCUGAAACUGUACUAUAUACUAUAUCUUUUGUUUCUUUAAUUUCUUGGGCAUAUAUAAUAUAAAGCAUAUAUAUACCAUGAGAGGCCAAGAACUCGUCACUCUUCAAAGAAACAGUAGCAGUAGCAGAAGUACAAGAAAGGUCAUCCCAUCAAACUACAUGAGAUCAACAUCAACGCCACAUCCUACCGUACCGGAACGCGAAGACAUCUCCGAUAAACUACUCCUCCGACGGGACUCUCCUGCAGCUGUUUCUUUACAACGUCUCAACAAACUCCAUUCAAGAUUCUCUUCUCUUCUCCGUUCUAUUUUCAAGAUUGUUGCUUUUCCUAAUAUAAUCAUCCCCACCUGUAAGUGGCUCUCUAUUCCUACUCAUCUCUCUAUAAAAUCUUCUCUCGGCCGGAAAGUCACCGGUACCCUUUUCGGUCACCGCCGUGGCCAUGUCAGCUUCGCUGUCCAGGAUGAUCCCAGGUCUGAACCAGUCUUAUUACUUGAGCUAGCUAUGUCAACUUCUACGUUAGUUAAAGAAAUGUCAUCAGGAUUGGUCCGAAUCGCUCUCGAGUGCGAUAAGGUUCAGGUUCCGACUAAUGGAACACGGUCGGGGAAACUGUUUAAUGAGCCAACGUGGACUAUGUAUUGCAAUGGAAGGAAGUGCGGAUAUGCAGUGUCGCGCACUUGCACGGAGCUUGAUUGGCACGUGCUGAAUACAGUGCAGAGCGUUUCGGUCGGAGCUGGGGUUAUUCCGAUGGUGGAAGACGGCCGGAAGAACGCCGGCUCAGAGGGGGAGUUGUUGUAUAUGAGGGCUAAGUUUGAGCGAGUUGUAGGUAGCCGUGACUCGGAGGCGUUUUAUAUGAUGAAUCCUGAAGGAAAUGGGGGCCCUGAACUCAGUAUAUUUCUUCUAAGAAUAUGAAUAGGGGAGACAAUAAAAGAAUUACACAUUAAAGAGGAAAAAAAAGAUUUUGUUAUUUGUAUUUUAAAUUUUUAGGUGAUGUAAGAUGACGGUGUUUGUUUAAUUAAUUAGUGACUUGUAUGAUGUAUUUUUUUUUCUAA